AUGCUGGCGGCACGGCAUGUCGUGUGCGCCCUGUCAGGCGGGGUGGACAGCGCCGUAGCCGCGCUGCUGCUGAAGCGGAGAGGUUACCAGGUGACAGGGGUGUUUAUGAAAAACUGGGACCCUCUGGAUGAGCAUGGUGUGUGCUCCGCUGAUAGAGACUGUGAAGACGCCUACAAAGUGUGUCAGGUUCUGGACAUCCCCUUCCACCACGUGUCCUAUGUGAAGGAAUACUGGAACGAUGUGUUCAGUGAUUUUUUGAACGAGUAUGAAAAAGGGAGGACUCCGAAUCCUGACAUAGUGUGCAACAAGCACAUCAAGUUCCGUGCUUUUUUCCACUACGCCCUGGAUAAUCUCGGAGCUGAUGCUGUGGCCACAGGUCACUAUGCAAGGACAUCGCUAGAAGAUGAGGAAGUCUUCCAGCAGAAGCAUGUUCAGAGGCCCCAAGGGCUUUUCAGAAAUCGAUUUGAAGUUAGAAACACCGUAAAACUCCUGCAGGCAGCUGACAGCUUUAAAGACCAGACCUUCUUUCUCAGCCAGGUUUCCCAGGAUGCCCUGAGGAGAACCCUCUUCCCUCUGGGGGGAUUAACGAAAGAGUUUGUAAAGAAAAUAGCUGCUGAGAAUAGACUUCAUCAUGUGCUUCAGAAAAAAGAGAGCAUGGGCAUCUGCUUCGUUGGGAAAAGACACUUUGAGGAUUUCAUCCUUCAGUACCUACAGCCCCGACCCGGGAACUUCAUUUCCAUUGAAGAUGACAAGAUCCUAGGGGCACAUCGAGGCUGGUUCCUGUACACCCUGGGCCAGCGAGCCCGGAUUGGCGGCCUGCGGGAGCCCUGGUACGUGGUGGAGAAGGACAACGUCAAGGGGGAUGUUUAUGUGGCCCCCCGCACAGACCACCCCGCUCUGUACCGGGACCUGCUGCGUACCAGCCGGGUGCACUGGAUCGCCGAGGAGCCGCCCGCUGUCCUGGUCCGGGACAAGAUGAUGGAGUGUCACUUCCGGUUCCGCCACCAGAUGGCGCUAGUGCCCUGUGUGCUGACCCUCAACCAGGACGGCACCGUGUGGGUGACUGCGGUGAACUCUGUGCGGGCGCUCACACCCGGCCAGUUCGCCGUGUUCUACAAGGGGGACGAGUGUCUGGGCAGUGGGAAGAUUCUGCGGCUGGGGCCAUCUGCCUACAUGCUCCAGCGGGGCAAGAACACACCCCAAGUGGCCUCAGAGGACCCAGGUCCACACCCCACACCCUGA